AUGGCUCUCAUCGAUGUAGCCCUGGAUCUCAAUGCUCCAGAUGUUGAUGAACUGAUGAAGAGCACCGAUCUCUUCACUGCUAUCCCCAGAUCACUUUUCAACACAUUGUGCCAACGCAAGCGCUACGACUACCUUCCAGUGAUAGAGUUGGCUGUUGCAGUGGCUCAGGCCUCAGCGACAGAAAAUUCCAAAUCUGCUUCUUCAACAGGCACCACCACAGUGGAGGGUUUGUUGCGUCGUUACGAGAACGCACUAAUGCUCUCACACUGUGAAGACGCCUCUUCGGAUGCCUCUCUUUUAACUGAUGAUGAUGCCUUGAAGAACUGUCGUCCCAUCCUUCUCAAUGCCAUUCGUGAUGCUUCGUAA